AUGAGCGGCUGCUCCAAAAGAUGCAAGCUUGGGUUCGUGAAAUUUGCCCAGACCAUCUUUAAGCUCAUCACUGGGACCCUCAGCAAAGACAUCGCCUGGUGGCAUUACCAGUAUCAGAGAGAUAAGAUUGAAGACGAGUUGGAGAUGACCAUGGUUUGCCAUCGGCCUGAGGGACUGGAGCAGCUUGAGGCCCAGACCAACUUCACCAAGAGGGAGCUGCAAGUCCUUUAUCGAGGCUUCAAAAAUGAGUGCCCCAGUGGUAUGGUCAAUGAAGAAACAUUCAAGCAGAUCUACGCUCAGUUUUUCCCGCAUGGAGAUGCCAGCAUGUAUGCCCAUUACCUCUUCCACGCCUUCGACACCAUGCAGACGGGCUCCGUGAAGUUCGAGGACUUUGUAACCGCUCUGUCAAUUUUACUGAGAGGAACCGUCCAUGAGAAACUAAGGUGGACAUUUAAUUUGUAUGACAUCAAUAAAGAUGGAUACAUAAACAAAGAGGAGAUGAUGGACAUUGUCAAAGCCAUCUAUGACAUGAUGGGGAAAUACACGUAUCCUGUGCUUAAAGAAGACACUCCAAGGCAGCACGUGGAUGUCUUCUUCCAGAAAAUGGACAAAAAUAAAGAUGGCAUCGUGACUUUAGACGAAUUUCUUGAAUCCUGUCAGGAGGAUGACAACAUCAUGAGGUCCCUCCAGCUGUUCCAAAAUGUCAUGUAA